AUGGAUUCGAAGAGGAAGGUAAAUGGUGGUGGAAAUUCUUCGGAUCAAGAUGACGCGGAUCGCGCCGCGAAGAGAAGAAAGCUUCCUGUUAAUGGUGAUAUGAGUAAAGGUCAGACACCAGAAACGACAACUUAUUAUGGAUUGAUUCUUCUGAACCAACUGAGAACAGGCCUGGAUAAACAGGGCCGACCGUUUGCAACCAAUUUUCUCACCCUCCCCGAUAGAAAAGAAUUCGCCGCAUACUAUGCGGUGACGAAGAUGCCAGUGGCAUUUGACACUGUUCAAGAAAAGUUGGAUAACCGUGACUUUGCCACUCUGUCCGAACUUGAGAGCUUUUUCAAACGCUUGGUAAAAAAUGCCAAGGACUACAAUGAACGCGAAUCUAUUAUCCAUCGCGAUGCUGAGCGGAUACGAAAGGCGGUGGUCAAAUUCAUGACCGAUAACAAUCCGGAGUAUAAGACAAAUCCAGGCUUGAAACUCGAACCUACGCCUAUCGGGCCCAUCGGAUUAGUCGAAUCAAGACCAGUUGUGCCUAGACCAGCUGAGCCUGCACCUGUGGCUACCGAACAAGAUGAUAGCGAUGCGGAUGCUGAAGGAGAACCGGAAGACUUGGAGGAGCAGCAGCAAAUCAAGAUUGAACCACAACCAAUCGUAAAGCGAAGAGGUCGGCCUCCAAAGAAUCCUGGGGCACCACGCAAGAGUACAACACCUGCUGUGUCUGAUUCACACUAUGCUGGCGUGAGCUUUUCGGGACUUACUUUCCAACAGGCGCAAGAGAAGAUUCUGGCUGACGUCCUCUCACAUAAAGAAGAUCCAGCAGAUGAAUUUUUCGAAUUUGAGCCAUUUGUAACAUUGCCUCCACGUAGUCUGAAGGAUUACUAUCAAGUAAUUCCAAAUCCACACUGCUUAAAGGAUUUACAAAAGCGUGUUAAAGGAACUCAUGGUAAGAGUUCCACGGGUGUUAGCGAUUUUAAGUCAUGGGCCGCGCUUGAAGAAGAUGCAAGUUUGAUAUGGAAGAAUGCAUAUCACUACAAUGAAGACGGCAGCGAAAUUUUUGUUCUAGCGAAGGACCUUGAGACCUUUUUCAAAAAGACUUUAGAAGAAGCGAAAAAGUUUGUGCCUGAGCCUGUGACUCCCAAGAUAAAAAUCAAUGUGAAGGUUCCCGAACCUACUCCUAAGAUUACUCUGAGAGUUGGAGUAGCUACUGGAGGUAGAGCAACAGACUCACCGGCUCCAUUAACCAGUGGCUCUAACGGGACUGCGACCUCUGGGACUUCCUCCAAUAGCGAAGCACGCAGAAAUCCGUUUGUUAGUUCGCACUCUGCCGCGGCUUCUGCUCCAAAUUUUGGCCAGUUGGAGAGAGCUAGGAGCAUGUCAAAUUCUGCAGCAUCUCCAACUCUUUCAAAUGCUGUACCAGUCAAAAGUGAGGAUACUAUACGCAAGUCGCCCGCUGCACCAAUUGAACCCACCCCGCGACCAAUCAGCCAAACAGUCUCGACGCCAAAACCAGCUCCAAGUAACAUGCUUCCACCACAUACACCCAGUGCGUCUAAUCAUAAUACAUAUAACCAAGGUGGUUAUGCACAAUCUUUCAACCACCAGCCCUCACAGAGCGCUGCAAAUCUAGGUCUAGAAUCCAAAUGGAGAGCACCAGGGACAACUGCAGCUCAUGCUAUGAUCACAAACUUGAGUAUCGCAACUCAUCCACGCCUCAAUGUUUCUCGUCAUUUUCAUAUGGACCUGCCCCCGUCUGCAACAUUGGCGCAACAAUCUAUCACGAUCAAUCUCCCUGCGACACAUUAUUACCUUCAAAUCAAGCCGACAAUUGCUCAAGCUUUACUCGAGCGUCAAUACAAGAUUUUUGUUACAUCUGGAGUAACUAGAUUGCAUGCUAUCCCACUCAUACCUAACCAUGGAGUCGAUCCACGGCAACCUCUGUUCGAAGCUCGACUUCUUCCUGGUGUGAAUAAAAUUGAAGUUGAAUUGAUCGCAGCGCUUCCUAAGGGUGCGGCAAAGCCUGCUGGUGGGCCUGAUGUUGAAAUAGAAAAGGUCACAGUAUUCGCUAAUUUGAUGAGAAACUGA